AUGAUCGAAGUACCUGACAAUGGCACACAUCACCACCACCAUACCUAUCAUGGACCGCAUAUAGACGCACUAGUCGACGAGUCGAUCUCGAAGCUGGCACCCUUCUCUGGCCUGAUAUUGACAAUCAUUACUGUCUUGGUCUUUGCCUACAGGUUGUACUUCAUUGAAAAGUUCCUCAUGAACACGAGAUCAUACAGAGGCAGAUAUCAAGCACUGAGUGAGGAUCAGCGCCGGUCGCUGGUCAAUCACCAUGUUGCUGGGACUUGCAAAAUCGUUCUUUUGAUCUCUGCAAUUUACCCUUUUCUUAGCAUCGCCUUUGGCCGAGCCACUCCACAUACGCCGUUCACUCCCGGGUCGAGAGCCACGAUGGGGGAUGUGAUGAUCGUGUGCAGUCAACUGUUCACGGUCAUGUACAUUUUUGAACUCUUCUAUCGAGUCAAUGUCAGUCCUAUUAGUGCUGCGCAUCAUGUGGGGGCGAUUGUGAUUGCUCAGAGCGCAGUUGCCAUUUCCUUGAACUUCGAUCAUGAGCAAGACGCAGUGAUUGAGUUCAUCAUGUGCUUCGUUUGGGGCGCAUUUGACUGCAUCGCCGAACUUUGGCCUCACAUAGCAAUGAUUCUUUACCGGCUCUUACCUCCAUCGGACGAACACAGUAAGCGAGCAAGACAUUUCCAUGGCUUGAUGUCCCGUCUAUUCUUUUCCGUGGCUGUCAUGGAGAUUGUAGGCACAACGCUGGAGACAACCGUUGUCUUCUGGCUCUUCGGAUCUUUAUGGCACAAAUGGACUCUCUCUUUCAAGGUUGUGACACCUAUCCUGCACGUCUUGUUCAGCUGUGCUCAGCUAUGGGGAGCGUGGGUUUUCUGGAAUCUCAGCAAAAAGGAGGCACGAAAGGCUGCAGGACUUUUGAGUUCUGGAGUAACACAAAUUGAAGACGGAGAAGUGGGUGCAAUUGAACGACUGAAGUCAGGAGGUCCACUAGUCAGCACAACCAAAGUGUGA